GAGCGGUCGUAUUGUUCGUUGAGCUGUUUGUCCGUCUUGGAUUCGACUGUCGAAUCAUGUCCAAGCCGAUCUUAUAUUAUGAUGAUCGCAGUCCGCCUGUGCGCAGUUGCCUGAUGCUAAUCAAAAUGCUGAAUAUUGAUGUGGAACUGCGCUACGUUGACUUAUUCAAAGGUGCCCAGUUCGAGAAGCAGUUCUUGACGUUGAAUCCGCAGCACAGCGUGCCCACUUUGGUGUAUGGAGAUCUUGUGCUGACCGAUAGUCAUGUGAUACUCAUCCAUCUCGUGGAGCAGUUCGGUGAGACGGGUGAAUUGUGGCCCAUGGAUAAUAAUGGCAGACUGAAGGUGCUAAAUCGCCUGUUCUUCGAAUGCUCUUUUCUGUUUCGCCGUGACAGUGAUUUAAUGUCGGAAAUCGUACGCAAGCAGUUCGCCAAUGUGGAUGUGGAUUACCACGAGCGCAAGCUGUGCGAGGCAUACGACAUCAUGGAACAUUAUUUAACCGACCAGCAGUUUAUGGCCGGCGAACAGCUUACGCUCGCCGAUAUAUCCAUUGUGACCACAUUGAGCACCGUGAAUCUCAUGUUUCCAGUGACGGCGCAACGUUGGCCGCAAUUGCAUCGCUGGUUUGCUAUAAUGCAGCAAUUGGAUGCCUAUGAGCUGAAUCUUCUCGGCUUGGAGAAACUGCGUGAAAUUAUAGAGCAACUGGGCAAGUUUCACUUUCCCCAACACCAGCAGCAGCAGCAUCAGCAGUUGCAGUCCGAUGAGGCGACAAAAUAAUGCUGAUAUCAUUUAGUACAGUGAUCGCUCUAAGGAAUGUUUUCUUGCUAGAGUUGAUUGCAAUUGUAAAUUCUUAUUGAAAUGUACUAAUGUCUAUAGAAGUUAAUUGCAUAUUCUGUAUUCUGUUCAAUUGUGUUUUUAUAUACAAUAAAUGAAUUGAAAAUAUAAAA